GAGGCAGUAAAAAACAACAUUAUAAAAGAACAUCUCAUGACUGGAGAUUUUCCAUUUUGGAUGAUGCUGUACUAUCUGUUGAAAAGUGGAUGCAUAAUACAAUCAAAAACCCUAUUCCGAAACUCAUCACACUAGAUGUGGUUGUGCCAACGUAUAGGGUUCAAAUGGAAUAUUUAAAGCCUAUACUCCAGCUUAAAGGAUCUAAAACUGCGUCCACCUCGAUAAUAAUUAUUGUAGAUAAUCCAAAUUCAAAUAUUAGUGAUCUAAAAAAAUUUGAAAAUAAUGCAUUCGUUCGCAUUCAUGUACAUGAAAAAAAUCUUGGAGCUAGCGAAGCUAGAAACA